AUGGAUAAUCAUAUUCAUGAACUGUUACAUAUUAUGAAGGACUAUAACAAUAUUUGUAACAAGACUGGCAUUGGUGGUAAUGUUAGUGGUAAUAUUAGUGUUUGUAGAAAUAUGUUUAGAGAGACUUUAGAAAAUGUUAGAAAACGAGAGGAAAUAAUGCAUCAUAAAUCUGAAAUUAUAAAAAAUGAGAUAAAAAGUAUGGACAAAAAAUUGGAAAAUUUAAAAAUUGAAGUGAACAAAUUGGAACAUUACAAAGAAAUCCAAUAUCCUUUUACAUCAAUAGUUAAUCAUUAUGAAAAUUUAAAAAAAGAAUCGAAAAUGUUACAAGAAGAUUUUGAUGCUAAAGGGUUGAAAAAAGAAGAUUACUCUUUACUUAUAUUGGCAUUGCUUCGUAAAUUGGGAAUUCGUUUUUUUGAAAAUCCAGAUACUCAAAAAUUAAAAGUAAUAAUUGGAAAUGAUGAUAUCAAUGUCGCGAUAAUAGAUAAUGCAUCGGAUGAAUAUGAAGUUUCCAAUUAUUUAUGGAAUUUAGUAUUUGAACUAGAAGAGGAAGAAGAAAGAAAUAAACAUUUUUUAAUGUGA